UUAUUCUAGCCUAAUGUGGCUGGAACCAAUCAGCAUUUCCAAUUUGCUAACCAACGGAUUCCGUCACUUCGUCCGUCGUCAAACUGCUCCAUUUCCGAAGCUCACUUCAAACCACGAUAUCCCGCCGAGAACCCCGUCCGUAUCGCAGCCAUGUCGGCCCGGAAGCCAGUCUUCAACCAGCAGGUUCUCUACGAUACCACUCCCCUCCCGGACUCCAUCCCCUCGGUCAAGGAGGUCGGAGCUACGUCCGCGCCUCUACUAUCGGCUUCCUUCUUCAUCGGCGCCCGGUGCCGCCCUUACAACGAUGACUUCAUGCAAUGCAAAACCGAGAACCACGGCAAGGGCGAGUUUGAGUGUUUGAAGGAGGGCCGACGAGUAACCAGAUGCGCCGCCAGCGUGAUCGAUGGCAUCAACACGCACUGUCUAGACGAAUUCCGCAAGCACUGGCAGUGCCUCGACAAUAACAACCACCAGCUGUGGCAAUGCCGGAAGGACGAAUGGAAGCUCAGCAAAUGUGUAUUUGAUAACCUAAAACUCGAGAAGACCAUCCCCGAUUCUCCCAAGGACAAAGCCCCGGUCCACCUCCGGACGAAGCAGAUCUACGCCCACUACCCUAUCUUAAGAGAUCGUGGCCAAGCGCCGUUCGGCAAAGCUAUUGACCCGCCUUCAGCACAAGCCCAGGCUGAUGCGCCGACAUCAUGAAGUGCCCUUGUUUAAACAGGGGUUUAAAAUGACAAGAUAACCAUGUAAAUAAACAAGAAUUACAAUCGGGUCAAGGUUCCACCUUCUCUAAUGUCUCCUCUUGCGACUGGCCUAUUUUGCUUGCUCGCUCGCUUGAUAUAAAAUACG